UUCAUAAACAAAUUAUUAAUAAACCCUACACAAACAUACAUUACACCAUUAUUAUUAAUAUUUUCUUCUUCUCCUUCUUCAUCUUCUUCUUUACCUUUGAUUAUUAGAUACUAUAUCAUACACAAAUAUGUCACACCAAAAUAGUAACAAUAACGAUCAAAUAAAGCAACUAAAUGACAUAUUCAAUCGCUUUGACAUGGACUCGGACGGCAGUCUUACUCACUUGGAGCUCGCCGCCCUGCUCAGAUCCCUUGGAGUCAAGCCAUCAGGCGACGAGCUCCAUGCCUUAUUAUCUAAGAUGGAUAAGAAUGGAAAUGGAUACGUCGAGUUUGACGAACUUGUCCAUGUCCUAAUUCCUCGUGAGGAUAAUCACAGCCACAGUAAUAUUUUUCUCAAUCAAGAACAACUUUUGGAUGUCUUUAGAGUGUUUGAUCGCGACGGUAAUGGAUUCAUUACCGCCGCAGAGCUGGCCGGAUCCAUGGCCAGAAUGGGACAGCCGCUCACGUACCGUGAGCUAGCCGCCAUGAUGGCUCAAGCCGACAGCAAUGGCGACGGUGUUAUAAGUUUUGAAGAGUUUGUUAAUAUUUUGGCAAAAUCUGCUGCUGAUUUUCUUGGUAUUAAGGUGGCGUAGAUCUUAAUUAAUUACAUAUUAGAGGUUUGAUCUUGUUUCACUUUUCUUACUUUUGUUUAACUCCAAAUUAAUUAGUGAAUUGUUAUUCAGAUCCGAAUGUAAUAAUUAACUUGUGAUUAUAUUAUUUAUUCCAUUUCUAACUUAA